GUUCGUGAACGACCCAUAGCUAUUCAGCGGUUCUGCCGCAGCUGAGAGAGAGAGCGAGAGAGAGAGAGAGAGAGAGAGAUUAAAGCUUCGCGUCCCCCUGCAGCUUGCUGUCUUCUCGCAACUAAAGCCUGUCAUCCUGUCACCAUGCCUAAGCCUCUGACCGACCAGGACAGGAGGAAGCAGAUCUCUGUGCGCGGCCUCGCCGGGGUGGAAAAUGUCGCCGACCUGAAGACCAACUUCAACCGGCACCUGCAUUUCACCCUGGUAAAGGACCGCAAUGUGGCCACGAAGCGGGAUUACUACCUGGCGCUGGCCAACACCGUGCGGGAUCACCUAGUGGGCAGAUGGAUCAGGACACAGCAGCACUACUACGAAACGGACCCGAAACGUGUGUACUACCUCUCUCUGGAGUUCUACAUGGGCCGCACCCUGCAGAACACCAUGGUGAAUCUGGCCCUGGAGGGCGCCUGCGAUGAGGCCACCUACCAGUUGGGUCUGGAUAUGGAGGAGCUGCAGGACAUUGAGGAGGACGCAGGCCUGGGUAACGGAGGCCUGGGCCGUCUGGCAGCUUGCUUCCUCGACUCGAUGGCAUCUCUGGGCUUGGCAGCUUAUGGUUAUGGAAUCCGUUAUGAGUUUGGCAUUUUCAACCAGAAAAUUGUCAGUGGUUGGCAGGUUGAGGAGGCAGAUGAUUGGCUGCGCUAUGGUAACCCCUGGGAGAAAGCACGUCCAGAGUACAUGCGCCCGGUGCACUUCUACGGCCGAGUGGAGCACCACGAUGAUGGGGUCAAAUGGGUGGACACGCAGGUGGUUCUGGCCCUGCCGUAUGACACUCCAGUCCCUGGAUACAGAAACAAUGUUGUUAACACUAUGAGACUGUGGUCAGCCAAAGCCCCCUGCGAAUUUAACCUCAAGGACUUUAAUGUUGGUGGCUACAUCCAGGCUGUUCUGGACAGGAAUCUGGCUGAGAAUAUUUCCCGUGUGCUCUACCCCAAUGACAAUUUCUUUGAAGGGAAGGAGCUCCGUCUCAAGCAGGAGUAUUUUGUGGUGGCUGCUACUCUUCAGGACAUCAUCCGCCGCUUCAAGGCCUCUAAGUUCGGUUCGACAGAGGUGGUGCGCACCGACCUGACCAAGCUACCUGAAAAGGUGGCCAUCCAGCUGAACGACACACACCCAGCCCUCGCCAUCCCCGAGCUAAUGAGGAUCCUUCUGGAUGAGGAGAAAGUGUCCUGGGAUAUAGCAUGGGACAUCACCGUGCGUACCUGUGCCUACACUAACCACACCGUCCUGCCAGAGGCUCUGGAGCGCUGGCCUGUAGACCUCUUCCAGAACCUCCUGCCUCGCCACCUGGACAUCAUCUAUGAGAUCAACAGGCGCCACCUGGAGCGAAUCUCCUCUCUGUACCCCGGCGAUAACGACCGCUUGAGGCGCAUGUCUCUGAUCGAAGAAGGAGGACUGAAGAAGAUCAACAUGGCUCAUCUGUGCAUCGUUGGCUCUCAUGCUGUAAACGGCGUGGCACGAAUCCACUCCGAAAUCAUCAAAAACACAGUGUUUAAGGACUUUUAUGAUAUAGACCCCCAGAAAUUCCAGAACAAGACCAAUGGCAUCACCCCUCGCCGCUGGCUGGUCAUGUGCAAUCCCGGCCUGGCGGAAGUCAUUGCUGAGCGGAUCGGUGAGGACUACAUUCGUGAUCUGGAUCAGCUGAAGAAACUCCUGGAGUUUGUGGAUGAUGAAUCCUUCAUCCGAGAUGUUGCCAAGAUCAAGCAGGAGAAUAAGAUGAAAUUUGCUGUGCAUCUAGAGGAGCAUUAUAAGGUGAAAAUCAACCCGGACUCCAUGUUUGAUGUUCAAGUGAAGAGGAUCCAUGAGUACAAGAGGCAGCUGCUGAACUGCCUGCACAUCAUCACACUCUACAACCGAAUCAGGAAGGAACCUAACAAGGCCUGGACUCCCAGGACGAUUAUGAUUGGCGGAAAGGCUGCUCCAGGCUACCACAUGGCUAAGAUGAUCAUUAAGCUCAUCACAUCGAUUGGAGAGAUAAUAAAUAACGACCCAGUGGUGGGAGACCGCCUUAAAGUCAUCUUCCUGGAGAACUACCGUGUGACACUGGCUGAGAAAGCAAUCCCAGCAGCUGACCUGUCUGAGCAGAUCUCCACUGCAGGGACAGAAGCUUCUGGAACAGGAAAUAUGAAGUUCAUGUUGAACGGCGCUCUGACCAUCGGCACUAUGGAUGGAGCUAAUGUGGAGAUGGCAGAGGAAGCCAAAGAGGAAAAUCUCUUCAUCUUUGGCAUGAGGGUGGAGGAUGUCGAGGCCAUGGAUAAGAAAGGGUACAAUGCUGCUGAGUAUUACAGCCGCAUCCCAGAGCUCAAGCAAGCCAUUGAUCAAAUUUCUGGAGGAUUCUUCAGUCCCAGUCAGCCAGACCUCUUCAAGGACAUCGUCAACAUGCUAAUGAAUCACGACAGAUUUAAAGUAUUUGCUGACUAUGAGGACUACAUGAAAUGCCAGGAGAGAGUUAGCGCUCUGUACAAGAACACUAAGGAAUGGACCAAGAUGGUGAUUCGCAACAUUGCCGGUUGUGGCAAGUUCUCCAGUGACAGGACCAUCUCUCAGUACGCCCGUGAGAUCUGGGGUGUGGAGCCGAGUUUGGAGAAGAUCGCCGCUCCAGACGACCCACGCUAGGCAGCUACUCAGCUUUCAUAAGCUCUUUUGGCUGGAGUUGUUCACACAUUUAGUUAAUUUCUGCAUUGUGGUUGUGGAGAUGUGUCUAUGUGAUCCUGUCAUUGCUGAUUGUGUAACAAAUCCUGUGAGAUCUGAUUCCCCGGCCUCAGUUUCAGAAAUUAACAUCCUGCUUUUCUGUGUGGUGUGUAAUAACAUGAGAAGGGAACAUUUUAUUCAUGGUAACUGGUACCAGUUUUUAGGACUAAACUCUGUGUAGCGCAUCAGUCUGGGAACAGAAAGCUAAGCAUUUAAUAGUUUUAAUAGGUUUGAAUGGAUCUUUGGGGUCCGUCUAGUUUGUCUUCUUCUCAUUAACCAAAGAACAACCCAGUUAUGGAGAAUUCAUUUGGACCCACUGUGGCAUAGAGUUUGUCUGUCAGCGUCUCAUAUUCAGCCACAUGGAUGACUGUUACUUGCUUGGACUCAUUGAGAUAUUCCUGCAUGAUUUGGUGUGUAGUGUUUCUGAAGUCUUUUAACUAUGUUUUUAAUUUUAUUAGAGGCUGUUCUGUCAUCAUGCCACAUCAUAGAAACUGGCAUUCACUCAUUAUAGCUCAUGUGCUGUUCAUAAUAUCCAUAUAAACCUCAUGAAAAAGCAUUGAAAUGUAGUGUGCCACCUCACAUGUAUUGUAUUGUCAUUGUUCCGGCACUUUCUCUGUUUAACAGCACGCUAAGAAGAGCUGCCUUAGAUAGCGUGUCUGUGUGUACGUUAGUGUGUAUGAGAGCCUAUAGAUGAUGCAACUUUCUCCUGUCUGUACUAGUCUUCAGCCUAGAGACUGGUGAGCAAGCCACUUUAAUGAAAAGAUUUUUAAUUUAUGCUUAACUAAAUACAUAGACAAUUUAAGAGUUGUUUUCUCACUGGAGUGUGGAAAAUACUAAACUGUUUGACUAUAUUAUUAUUAAUAGUCAGUAAAGAGAUGGCUGUAUGUAUAGUACAUGACUAUAAGCUAUGGCAGUUUGGAUCCGUGCCUCUGUAACGUACUCUGAAUGUUAUUCCUCUGUUGGUUGUCAUAGCUGACAGAUCAUACAGCAUGGGCCAACAUUAGUCAAAGAAAUCCACCUCAAAAUAAUAAUUAAAUAAAGUAUACCACACAAAACA